UUGACUCAUCAUACACAGCAGCCAGGGCGGCGCCUGACUAUAAAACCUCUGCUGCCCUUAUUCCUCUGAACAUUCCCACUCUUCCUCUGCAGACCACGUCACAGCCCUGCAACGGAUACAAUCUUACUUUUAUUUUACCCAAAACAUGGAGCACUUGGUGGCAGAUUGUUGAUACAUCAAUCCAGCAUUUGAUUCAUGCGAGGAGAGGCUACUGUUCACGCUGAGAGGAUCAGCUCCGGCUUUUGAGCUCCCACAUGCCCCAUCAGAUCCUUAAAGAAGCCUAAAAAACACCUCAGCAACCAUGCCUUCGGAACUGGAGACAGCCAUGGAGUCGCUCAUCAAGGUGUUCCAUCGUUACGCCUCCAAGGAAGGCAAGACCGGCACGCUCAACCGGCGAGAGCUCAGGGAGUUGAUGGAGAACGAGCUGUCCAACUUCCUCAAGUCCCAGAAGGACCCCGCCGCCGUUGACAAGAUCAUGAAGGACCUGGACACCAAUGGCGAUGGCCAGGUGGACUUCGAGGAGUUUGUCUCUCUGGUUGUUGGACUUUCCAUUGCCUGUGAGCAGUGCUAUCAGAUGCACAUGAAGAAGGCCUGCAAGAAGUAAAAGAUAGAGGCGGAGACUUGAAGAAACCCCAAAGCUUUUUCAUUUUUUGUAAAGUUAGUUGUGUCCAUUAAAUACGCUGAAGAAAUUGAAA